GAAAAAUCUUCCGCAGUCACUCGCUUCCAUACUGUUCUCAACUUUUAUUUGCAGAUCGAGCCGCAACCUUGUCACAAUUACAGCAGUAACUGUAAAUGACACUUGCCCACAUGUUCCUCAACCGGGAACAGCCGCGAGAACCUACGUCUGCGCCACCCAACGUAUCUGUCAGUAUUGGCAAUAUGGACAGGGCGCCCCCCUCUCCGACGCGCCCCGUACUGGCGGACCAUGCUGGUGGAAAGUCUUUGUCGACCCGUCGCUUGAAUCGGAAACAGCGAGAAAAGCAAGACAGUGAAAGGCUCAAAAGAAACCGCAAAAGUGUGGAUCACUUUCUGCGGAAAAUGGGCAACAUUAUGGGUCGCGACCUUUCGCUCAAUACUGAGGGAAUGGCCUAUUUUCCAUUUCAGCGCUUCAUCAUUGUGGUCGAAGUACCCGAAGACAAUCCUGGUGUAUGUUUCGUUUACACCAUGGUGUGCCAGUUGCAAAAAGAUGACAACCAUCUGGCGAUUAUGAGAUUAGCCAUGGAGCUGAAUUACAUGCAAACAGGAACCCGAGGCGCCACUCUGGGCCUCGAAGGCGAUGAAAUCAACCUUUGUUUUUCUAUCCCCGUGUGCGGUCUUAGUUUCGGAGAUCUGCAAAGCGUCUUACAAGACUUUACUGGAACGGCGGCCGAGGUGAACGCACGGCUGGAAACAGCCAAACAGCUUCCGAAAUCGAGACUUUCACAUUCUUGACAGCAAUCCGAAGCGCGCUGACACCUACCUUUUUCUCCUGAACACCACAUCUGUGCUCAGACUUUGCAACUGUAACUUUAACGCUAUUGUUCCUUUGUGCUCUUGAAAAGUAGUUUAUCGAUGAGGUGCUAGUAAUUAUGGCGGUGACCAUAGUAUUCUCCACUUCAAGGGCAGAAUAACUGUAUUAAUGUAAAUCGAACAAAUACGU